AUGCAAAAUGGCCGAUGCAGACUCUACCCUGGACGACGGAAAGGAGAGUUUCGAGAGUUCUCCCUGUACACCAUCCCAGGACAAAAGGCUUUGCACCCUUUUCUUGGGUAUCAGCUCCCACCGAACCUUGUUCCCAACUCCCAACUCAGCUUCACCCGUGUUCGAGGCUGGCUAAACGAAUGCCUCCGGAACCACAAACUAUGCAACGCAUUCCAGCGAGCUUACAUGCCCAAAAGGCUCAUCGAAGUGACCACUACCGCAGCUUCGGGGAGUCUUUGCGCUCGAUUGGUCACAAACCCCACGCCAGGUCGUUAUGCCGCGCUGAGCUACUGCUGGGGCGGUGACCAAAAGUCCAAGACCAUCAGAAGUGUUUUGGGUACCUACGAGAAAGAAAUCCUAAUGGGUAUCCUACCCCAAACGCUUCAGGAUGCGUUGACAGUAACACACGGUAUCGGCCUCCGCUACCUCUGGGUAGACGCCAUGGCAAUCGUUCAAGACGACGAUGAGGACAGAGACGAGCAGAUAUCCCAGAUGCACCGCAUCUACCUCGGCGCCUCCUUCACCAUCGUCGCAGCAAAGGCAGUGACCAGCCUUGACGGUUUUCUCGCCCCAAGAGCAAAGUACCAGCCCUCCAUCAUCUCCGCCCGGCUGGAUGACAACGUCUUUGGGGAGAUCCUUGCCUUUCCAAAGCACGAUACCCUCAGUGACUAUAACCUCUUUACUCGCGGUUGGACAUUUCAGGAGACGCAGCUCUCGACAAGGAUACUGGCGUAUGGCAUGCAUGAAUUGGUGUACUCGUGUUUAGAGGCCAGGCAUCGGGAUGGUGGAUACGAGCAUGUGUUCGAUCCGCCACCGGCUUCAAUCUACCUGCGCGACACGAGCGACGAUCCUGCAGCACAAAUGGUGGAGAAUCUCGACCCGGGAAAUCAAAAUCUGGGGCGGGAUGAACACCCGUUUGGUUGGGAGACAAUCGUCUUCAAGUAUAGCCAGCGGUUUCUCACUGAUGGGUUGGAUAAGCUCCCUGCUGUCUCGGCUAUUGCGGAGGAGUACUCCCUCACCAAGCCAGUCACGGAAUAUUAUGCUGGGCUAUGGAAGGAAGACUUUCUGCAUCAGUGUCUUUGGCAAGUAAGCUUCAAUACCGCGGUGAGGCCGAAGGGGGUGUAUAGAGCUCCGUCUUGGUCGUGGGCUUCGGUUGAUGGCGCGGUGCAUGGAUUUACCAAGGAGCGCCUCAAUCUGAAGUUUUCUUGUUCGCUGCUUCAUGUUGAGACGACGCUGGUGUCGACGAGGAAUCGUUUUGGGAGGGUGGGUAACGGUUUUAUGCGGCUUCGUGGCAGGAUGCGCAAGGUUUUGUGGUCGAGCAGUGGAAUUCGGGCCGGGCAUGCUGGACGCGCAGCGGAGGAUGCUGCUAGCAGGUGGCCGGAUGAACCGUACGGGUUUGAUAACCGCCUGUCGUUGACCGUGGAUUUUGUUGGUGAGUGGCCGAAGGAUUCGGAGGUGGAAUUUUGGUGUCUUGAAAUUUGCACCUUCUUCCGGGAUGGGUUUGAUCGUGGUCAGGGGCUGUUGCUUGACAAGGUUGAUGGGAGAGAGCAUCCUGAUCUCUCGGACGAAAUCUUUCGCCGUGUGGGCCAGGCAUACUUUGGCGCGGAUGUGGCCGAGCCGUACUGGUUUGAUGAUGGUGUUUCGGAGUGGAAGGAGAUUGUCGUUGUGUGA